AUGUUCGAUAAAUUUAAAGGUAUUAUUAAUAUAAAUAAAGGUAACAUAGAAAAAGAAGAACCAAAAAAUGUUGAGGUAAACGAAAAUCAAGAUUCUAAUGCACCAUCACCUGAUGAAACCCCAGCUGGGGAAGCUGAUGAAAAAACAUUUUUUGAUGAAAUGCUAGGGGCACCUCAAUAUACUUAUGAUGAGUUUUUGGAAGUUCUAAGAGCCCCACAAGAAGAAAGAGGAGAUACAGAAGAUGCAAAAAAGCAUUGGGGAUAUCCUAGAAGAUGGAAAGUUAUAUUGUGGGAUUUACAAAUUCAAAAUUAUAUGAAUAAUGAUUUUAAUGCUUUUGUAGAUUUUGAUUUUGGUGGUAAUAGAGAAGAAUGUAGGAUACAAAGAGGAACGACUAUGAAAAUAUAUGCAAAAGGAAAAACAAAAAACAGCCUUAGAACUCAUGUUGUUUCUAAUGUUGCAGCAGAACAAAAAAAAAGUAUGAAUUUCAGAAAUGUUUUUGAAUAUAGAGGUUCUUAUUUAGAUUUAGAAAAUGAGAAAUUAAGAAUAAAAGUAUGGGAAUACAAACAAUUUACAUUAAAUAAAUUAGAAGGAAUAUAUGAAGAACCAUUGCUAUCUUUUGCUGUUGGAGAAGUAUAUAAUGAAACAACUCUAUAUAAAUUUAUAAAGAAUUCAAGAGUUAAACGUUGUCGUUUAUUUUUUCAGUUAUAUUUUCAAGAAUUAUAUGAUUUUGAACUAUCUUUUUUAAAUUGGUCUUUUAGUGAUUUAUUGUCUUCUGCAUGUAUGCAGGCUAAAAGCUUGAAUUAUCUUGGGGAUCCAAAUAAAAUAAAAAAAAGAUAUAUAGAUGAUGGGAAAUGUAGAAUUUUCCCAUCAGUGUGUAAAAAUGUAACGAAAUUAAAAAAUAAAAAUAAGUUUGGUAAAAAUAUGGCUGACAAAAAUAAGAACCCAAAUUUUUCUUUUAAUACUGCAGCUUCAGAGGAUUCAAAUGAUAGUGAAAAAAAUGAUGAAACUACAAAAAACUUAGAAAAACUGUUUUUUCGAAAUUUGAGCUUAAUGCAAAAUAUAGAAGAAAAUGAGGAGAUAUCCUAUAAAAAUUUAGAAAAUGUGAAAUUGCCUAAUCCUAGGGUAACAAUUACAUUAACACAUACGCCAAAAGGUCAUGAGGGGUUAAGUUUAGUAUCAAUAGAACAAAAAAAUAUUGAUUUUCCUAUAUGGGAAAAUUUAGGAGAAAUGUAUUUUAGAGGAACACUAAGAGAUCUUGAUGUUUCCUAUUUGAAUAUUAAAGUAGAAGAUAUGUCAGCUCCUAAGCCAAUUAGAGAAAUUGGAAUUUGUCAGAUACCUUUAAAAGGAAUUGUUGAUUACCCGUAUGUUAUGCAUGAAUUAGAAGCACCUUCAUGGCUUAUUGAAGAAGCAAAAUAUGAAGGUUGGGAAAAAAAACUAGAAGAAUGGAAACUGGGGACUUUAGAGGGAAAAGUUGUGAUUGCAAGAGUACCUAGGUACAGGCAAAUAGGAGAUAUUUAUCAUAUAGAUCAUAGAAAUUAUUAUUUAAUUGUUCAUAUAUUAAAUAUAGAUCAAAUUGUUACUAUAGAUAAUAUUAAAGAAUUAGAUAGUUAUGUAGAGGUUUCUUUUGAUGAAACUAGUAGAAGAACUAGAUUAAUAAAGAAAACAUUGAUCCCUAAUUACGACAGUCUCAUUUCUAUACCAUUAAGAUUUAAUAAUAAAAAUGAAAUAAAUUACCAAAAUUUUAGUAAAAAAGGACGUAUAUAUAUAGAUGUAUGGGGUAAAACAGAAGACAUUAUAUAUAUUGGUGGAACUUCCAUAAAUCCAUAUGAAAUUUUUUUUAAUGAAAAAAAUUUAAAAAGAAGUACAACUAAAUUAGAACAUAUAGAUUUAGAAACUAAUGUAAAAACAAAUUAUGAUACAAUUGUUUUUAAAGGAUGCAAAAAAUUGUCAUUUCUGCAUGAUGAUCAAAGGAUGUCAAACAUUCACUUUAGUAUAUGGACUUAUCCAGAUAUAAUAGGUAAUGAUAAUGAUAAAAUACGUGCACCACCAGUUUUUAAUACUACCAUGAAUUUUCCAAUAAAAUUAGCACAAAAAUAUGAGAAAUUAAAAAAAUUAUAUUUAGAAGUAUUAAAAACAAUAAAAGCCAUACCGGAAAGUUGCACUGACAUUUCAACUUCUAAAAGAUUUUUUAAUUAUGAAUUAUGUAAUCAAAGAAAAGAAUAUCAUUUUUUGCCUACAUUAAUAACUAAUAUAAAAUCUCCAUACUGUGCUGAAUCAACUAACGGAAUAUUUCAUUAUAUGCGGUGUAUACCUUUUAUUCAUAAAAAAGAAAAUUUAGCAUUUACACCUGAUUUUACUUUGCAAUUAAAAGGAGGAAAUGCCUUAGAUCACAGUUUAUUAUUAUGUAGUUUGUUUUUAGGUAUACCAGUUAUUUCUUUUGUAUGUUUUGGAACUUUAUGGGAUAAUCAAAAACAUUCAUGGGUUGGAACUUUUGAAUUUAAUGAAGAAAAAAAUUAUGGUGUUGUAAAAUUUUGGGAGACAACAACUGGUAACGUUUAUUUCUUAAAAAAAAGAUUUGUAGAUAUAAAUAAACUCAAAAGUAUAGAAAUAAAAUUAAGUGAAACAAAAUAUAAAUCACAUUUAAGAGAUGGAUUUUUACAGAGAAACAAUGAAAAUAAUGCAAGUAUGAGUAAUAUUAAAGAAGAAACAAAAAGGCAUAUUAAGCAACUAUUUAAAAAUAGGCAAGCAGAUAUACCCAUAGGUGGACCAUCGUUGCCUUAUAAGACUAUAGAUCUUAUAUUUAAUAACAAAAAUAUAUAUUUAAAUUUGCAAGAUCCUAAUCCAUUAAAUAUUUGGUAUGAUUAUUGGAGAUUUGAUUUUUGGUUUCCUUUUUCUUCUAUUGAAUACAAUAUACAACCUUGUUUUACUAUAAAAAGUUUUAGUCAUAAAAUUGAAGAUAUGGAAUUAGAUAGAAUUGCAAAAGAGCUUAGAAAUAAUAUUGAAAAAAAUAUUACCAUUUUUAGAGCCUCAAGGAAUUUAUCUACUCGUUGGAAUCGUGAUGAAACUUUAGAAUUAUUUUUACAGGUUGGUUUAGAACUACUUCACCAAUUAAAUACUUCAAGGAAUGAAGAUGCAUUGUUAGCAAAAGUAAAAAUUGAAGAUUGGAAGAAAGCUUUAUAUUAUAAAGUACCUCAAAGUCAUAGAUUAUUAGGAUUUCCUUACCAUUUUAAUACACAUAAAUCUAAAUUUAUUUCUGACAAACUCAUAAGUACUUUAGCUAUUCUAGAAUCUAGAGAUAGAUCAUUAUGUCUUUCUUUAGCUGUUUGUUUAUAUAGUCUUCCAGGAGGUUUUAUAUCUGUGUACAUUUAUAUAAUAACUUGUGUUAAAAUAACACAGAGAGAAUUAAAAAAAAUGGAAAUUAUCAAAGAGAAGGCACAAAGAAAAGCUGAGAUUAAAAAUUCAAAGAAAAAAAAAGAAAUAGAACUUCCUCAAAAUUUAGAUGUUAAAAAUAUUGAAGAGAUAGACAAAAAAGAUGACCAAAUUUUAAACCCUUUUGAAGAUAUUCUAAAAUAUGAUAUAUUUAAAACAGAAAAUGAUAACGAUAAACAAGAAAAGGAUAAAGAAGGAGAAAUAGGAGAAAAAGAAAAAAUAGAAAAAGAUAAAGAAAAAAAAAAAUUUAGGCAUAAAAAUAAUUCAGAAGAGAAAGGUAUGAAUAAUAAUUCCUCACAAAAAGAUAAUGAAAACUCUAAAAAUAAUAAACUUAGAAAAGCUGUAGAUUUAGUUAAUUUGGUGCAAAAAUUGAACAAAAGAGACACUUCUAAUAAUGAAGAUAAAGAAAUUAUGGGUGAUCAUAAAGAAGAUAAUGCCUUAAAAAUAACUAAUAAUUUGAACAAGAAGGUUUCAAUAAAUGAUGAAAAAUAUAUAGAUGAAAUUAAGAAUGAGGUUGAAGGUACUAUAAAUUCACUAAAUGAAGUAGGCAAAAAAUUUGAAAAACAGGAGCUUACAAAAAGUAUAAGUCUUAAAAAAGAUUCUCAAAAAUUAGGUAGUAAAGAUAUGAAAGAAGAAAAAGAGAUCCUCAAAGAGAAAAAAAAAAGUAAAGCAAAUAAAAAGAAAAAAAAAGAAUUAGAGUGUGAAUAUUCAAGUAUAUCAAAAAACUAUUUUGAAGAAGAAAAAAAAAAAUUACAAGAAGAUAUUGAAAAAUUGGAAAAAGAAAAAGAAGAAUUUAAAAGACAAAAAAUUCUUCGAGAAGAAAAAGAAAGACAAAUGCUUUUAGAAGAAAAGUUAAAGUUGCAAAAAGAAAGAGAAUUAUUUGAAAAUGAGAGAUUGGAAAGACAAUUGUCACUUAUUUUAAAGAAAAAUGAAUGGAAAAAAAAAGAAGAAGAAAUAAGAAGUAAAGAAGAGGAAAGAUAUAAAAAAAUGGUUGAAAGGGAGGAAAUAAAAAAAGAAAAUGAUGAAAAAAAAAGAAAUAAGAAAAGAGAAAAAGAAAGAGAGAGAGAAAAAGGAGAGAGGGAAAAAGAAAGAGAAAAAGAAAGAGAAAAAAAAAGAGAGAAAGAAAAAGAAAAAGAGAAAGAAAAAGAAAGAGAGAAAGAAAAAGAAAAAGAAAAAGAAAGAGAGAGAAAAAAAGAAAGAGAAAAAGAAAAAGAAAAAGAAAAAGAAAGAGAGAAAGAGAAAGAAAAAGAAAGAGAGAAAGAAAAAGAAAAGGAAAGAGAAAUAGAAAGGAAAAGACAAAAAGAAAAUGAACUACGGAAAAAAUAUAUAGAUACAAAUGAACAUGAGAAUAUAAGUAGUUUUGACGAAAAAUUAGAUUUGAAUCAAAUAUGUUCAAGAAAUUCAAAUAGUGAAAGUGAAAAAAAAAAAAAAACAAUAAAAAUACAUUAUAAUCGAAAGGAAUAUAGUGUAAAUAGCUCCAGUUUUACAGAAGAUAAACAUGUAAAUAUAAAUGAUGAUUUAAAAGAAGGAAAUAUAGCCAGGUAUUUGUAUUAUAAAACAAAAAAUGAAAAUAUUGGUAUACGAAAUUAUGGUUAUGAUGAACCUUAUUAUGGUAAAGAUAUGAAAAAUGUGUCAUACAAUGAAAUGAAAAAAAGCGAUUUAUUUAAAGGGUUUGCUGUUCCUUCAAAAAAAAAAAAAAUUUUAAUAGUAAAGAAACAAUAA